GUAUAGGUUAAACCUCGUGAAAACCCGUCUUCUUGCUCUCGCACGACUUGACCUAGAAAUCAAAAAUCAACUACCUCUCCUGCUUCAGAAUCGCUUCGUUAUCGGCGAAAAUGGCUUCUCGAUGUCGAUCACUGUCAAAACCAGCGUUUUCAGUGUUUAGAUCUGCAAUGAACAAGCCCUCUCUCCGACCCAAAUCGGCUUCAUCGUAUCUCGGCGUCCCUCCUUCGCCUGGACUCGCAAGGCCGAUUGCUCAGCUGGGGUCGCUUCAAUCGCUGCUUCCAUUGUACAGUGCGGUGGCAUCAGCUAGGCUGACAUCGUGCCUGGGGAUCGAUUCGGUGAACUCAAGGUCCUUGUCUCAGGGUAUGAUCUGCAGUGCGAAUCCAGGAGUUUGAUAUUUCUCCAUUAAUCUUUUGUAUGUUUAGUUUAUCUAGCUUGGCCUAAGCGUGCCUCGAUAAUAAGAGACCAGAGAGUCGAAGAAAAUGGAUUCAUUCGAUAUGUGAUUCUCCACAGUUUUUUUUUUUUUUUUGCUUGCUGGUCUAGUUCAGUCAGUCUGAUCAGUUUCUAUAUGUUUGGGUGGAUGAACACUCUUUUCUUUUAGUUUCAUCCAAUUAAGUUAACAACUUCAACUGGAAUAUGUAUUCUUCAAGACAUCAAAGAUUAAACAAUCAUACUCUUGUGUU